AUGCGUGAAUUUGUUUUUCGCCAUGAUCCGGUAAAAGAAUUUGUAGAUUUCGCAACGCGAACGUCAAAAUAUUUUAACAAAAUAAUUUGUAUCGCGCAUAAUGCGAAAGCGUUUGACGCUCAGUUUAUCUUAAAAUACAUCGUAGAACAAUUUGGCAUAAUUCAAGAGCCACGGAUGAUUUUGAACGGGACGAAAAUUAUCAUGAUGACGGUCGGUAACACGAAAUUUAUUGAUAGCUCAAAUUAUAUGGCGAUGCGAUUAUCUGAUUUACCUAAGGCUUUCGGACUGCAGGAUACAUCGGGUAAAGGCAUCUUUCUUCAUUUAUUCAAUAGAAAAAAGCAUCAAGCAUAUAUCGGACCAAUACCUAGCGCACGGUAUUAUUCGCCCGAACAAAUGAAACCCGAGGAACGCGAGCAUUUUAUAAAAUGGCACGACGAUAUGACACAAUCCGGCUUCCUUUUUUAUUUUCAACGCGAAAUAGUCAAAUAUUGUCGUAACGACGUUGAUAUCCUUCGACGGGCCUGCUUGGCUUUCAGGAAAAUCUUUCUUGAACGCGGGAGCGUGUGUCCGUUCGUGGAAUGCACAACUAUCGCUGCUACGUGUAUGAAAGUUUUUCGCAGAAGCUUUUUACACGGGAAAGAAAUAGGAGUCAUUCCAGUGGGUGGAUACAGAUAUAGAGAUAAUCACUCGCACAAAGCCGUGCAGUGGUUGGUGUGGAUGGAGCGUGAGCUCAAUCUACGGAUAAGCCACGCGGGACGAGGGCGCGAAUUUCGGAUUGCCGGUACGCCCGUCGAUGGAUAUUACGAAACUGAUUUGGGGAACGAGACGCAACGUUACGUGUUACAAUUUCACGGAAUUUGGCAUGGGUGUCCAUCAUGCUUCCGAAUAAAUCGCGAGAGAAAACUCAGUUCUUCCACCGAUCAUGGCGAUACGAUCGACGCGCGCUACGAGCGAACUCUCGCGGCGACAUGGCGUCUUCGACGACGGGGAUACCUGGUGAUGGAGAAAUGGGAGUGCGAUUUCGACCGAGAAAUACGUGAGAAUAAUGAGAUGCGCGAUUUUCUUGAAAAUGCUCAGAUAAUAAAGAAUUCACCUCUCGAUCCGCGCGAUGCAUUUUUCGGUGGCCGAACGGGGAAUAUAGCUACCCGAUGCGAUGUUGCGGGAACGGAGAAAAUACGCUACAUAGACGUAUGCUCUCUGUAUCCCUAUGUACUGAAAACGGGUGCUUUUCCGAUCGGUCACCCAAAGAUCUACAUCGGAGAGGAAUGUUCCGAGUUAAUCGGCGUAUUUCCGGAUUUUAAUUUCAACUCGCUCGAAGGACUCAUUCGUUGUAAAGUACUCCCUCCACGCGAUCUCUUUCAUCCGGUACUCCCGUAUCGCGUACGCGGCAAAUUGUUGUUCGCGCUGUGUCGGAGUUGCUGCAAAAUGUUCUCGCAAGCUGAGUGUACUCACAGUCUCGCAGAGCGUAAAUUCGAGGGUACCUGGGUAUCCUGUGAAUUACGCAAAGCCGUCGAGAAAGGUUAUCGCGUGUCGGAAGUGAGAGAAAUUUGGCAAUACAAGGUCACGCGAUAUGAUCCCGAUACGCGGCAGGGUGGAUUGUUUAUCGGAUAUAUCAAUAGUUUUUUGCAAUUGAAGCAGGAAGCUAGCGGAUGGCCGAACGAAUACGUGGAUGACGAAGCUAAGGAGCGAUAUCUUCGGGAAUACGAGGAAACCGAGGGUAUCGUUCUCGAUAAAAAUAACAUCGCUCGAAAUCCAGGUCUACGUUCGGUUGCAAAGCUCUGCUUAAAUUCCUUUUUUGGAAAAUUCGGUCAACGAUCCAAUUUGCCUAACAUCGAGAUCGUGAAAAAUUGCCAGCGAUUGGCAGCUUUGCUCACGAGUCCAGAACACGAAAUAACCGAUAUUACCCGUCAACGACGAGGUAAUAUAUGUCUCGUGGAGAUUGCGAGAAGAAGCGGUCGUAGCUUCUCCGCAGACAAACGUCGUGAUCGCGGCAUUCACGACGGCACUGGCGCGACUGAAAUUAUACGAACAUUUAGAAUUAUUGAAUAG